AUGUCGUCAACCUUGAUGAUUGUGUUGAAGUAUGGAGGCUCGUUUGGGGUGAAGAUAUGUCAUGGUGAUUUUGUGUAUGAAGACCUCGUUGGCUUUGUCACCGAUAAGUGGUGCAGUUUGAAUGCGAGGGAUGUAUCGAUGACUUACAGUGUUGAUGGAUAUGGCGAGGGUAUGCUUGGCGAUAAUGACGAGGUUUUGUAUAUGAAAUCGUUGAUUCGACAACUAGGUCUUGGCCGUGUCGAGGUAACCGUGAAGCGCAAAGACAACGUCUGUGCAGUAGCGUCGGCGAGGGCCCCGCAAUCUAAUACACAGAAUUUUGGGGGGAAUUAUCUGAUGAAUGAUAUGGCGAUCCGUUCAAAUGGGAAUUAUCUGAUGGAUGACAUGGGGGUUCGUUCAAAUGGAUUGGUAAUUGAUAAUACACAGCUAUUGAGCGCUAAUUGGAGAAACCUUAUAAGGGAAGUGGGGCAAGGGUUUCGAAAUGGUGCUGUGGGUUUUCGAGAUGCGUUACGGAAAUAUGCUGUUGAAGUUGGGUUUGAAUUCAACUAUGUUAAGAACGAGCCUACCAGGGUUACAGCAGAAUGCAAAUAUAGGGUGGUAAAGAAGUGCAUGUGGAGGAUUCACGCAUCGCUUCAGAAGUCAAAUGGAUUCUUCUAUAUUAGGACAUUUGAGAAGCACCAUACGUGUGGUGCUUCAUUUGGUUCGUCGAGCAAAAAUAGAUUAACGUCUGACUUAAUUUCGGGUUUGAUUAUGAAUGUUGUUAGAAUCAAACCUGAAAUGGCCCCGAAUGACGUCGUGCUCAAUGUGAAGCUAUAUUACGGCAUUGACAUAAGCUAUUUUGUUGCUUGGAAGGCACUUGCUGCGGGGAAGCAUCAUGUGUUUGGAGAUGCUACGACGUCAUACUCGUACUUGCCCUUGUAUUUUGAAGAGCUUGGGCGUAGCAAUCCGGGCAGCGUGUACCAUCUUGAUGUUGAUCCAGUAUCAAUGAAGUUUAAGAGGUGUUUUUUUGCUUUCGAAGGGAGUUUGUCGGGGUUUAAGGCAUGUCGCCCUAUGUUGGCUCUUGAUGGGACCUUUUUGUCUGGGAAACACUGGGGAAUCCAUGUAAGUGCGUUGGCGAAAGACAGUGAAAACGGACUGUUCCCAGUCGCCUUUGGAAUAGUGAACGAGGAGACUGAUGACAACUGGGCGUAUUUUCUACGACAUUUAAAAACUGCUAUUGGAACAGACCGUGUGCUGACAUUCUUAUCGGAUCGUAACCAUGGAAUUUUGCGCGGUGUGAAGGAAAUAUUCCCUGAUUGUGGACACAUAUUUUGCCUUGUCCACUUGCAGAACAAUCUGCUGCACAAGUGUAGAGGCUGCUCGACUAAUUUUCGAGAGGUCAUUGUUGCCAAAUUCAAUGCUUGUGCAUAUGCAGCGACGAAGAUUGAGUUCCAUCAGAAAUUGAUUGAGUUGAAAGAAUACGGAGGUGCAAAGGUAGAUAAUUUCAUUGCUGACUUACCCUUUGCUAACUGGACAUGUUCUUAUUUUGUCGGAGAUCGGCAUAACGAGAUGACCUCAAAUGCUGCUGAGUCGUGGAACUCGAAGAUCAAGGGUGCUCGUGAUUUGCCUAUCACGAAUUUUAUUGAUUAUAUCAGGGGUGAAGUCAUGAUAAAUAUUAGCAUAAGGGCUGAGGAAGGGGCGACGAUGACAACGGAGCUUAGCUCAAAAUUCCAUGAGCAGGUGGAUCAAUUGGUUCAAGAAGGUAGAGUAUGGGUAGCGAGGAAGUCGUCGGAUCAUAUGUUCGAGGUUCUAUGCGACCCAACCGCAGUUGUUGACAUAAAAGAAAGAGUGUGUUCGUGCAGGAUGUGGCAGAUCACUGGAUUGCCUUGUGCUCACGCUGCUUGUGUGUUGUUCAAUAAUACUAACGAGGGCUAUAAAUAUGUUGACAAAUAUUACCGCAGUGAGGAGUACAGGGAGACUUACUCGCACCCAGUUGUGCCGUUUGUGCAACCUACGAUCGACAAUAACAUGCCGAUUGUUGGGCCCCCAGACCACCAUGUUCGUAGAGGAAGACCUAAGUCAAAAAGAAUACCAUCGAAGGGAGAGAAGAUCAAACGAAAGAUUAAGGUGCAACCGAAUUGGAUACCACAACAAGAAGACGUGUUCGAUGGCCAUUAUUGGGGGUUGACAGUAUCGAUUGUUUUUCAUUUUUUAAUUGUUUUUAAGGAUUAA